AUGCACACUGCUUCUACAAACAUUUGUGAAAGAAUGGGUCGCUCUCAGGAGCUCAGUAAAUCCAAGCAUGGUACCAUCAUAGGUUGCCACCUGUGCAAUAAGUCCAUCCAUGAAAUUUGCUUGCUAGUAAAUAUUCCACGGUCAACUGUUAGUGGUAUUAUAACAAAGUGGAAGCCACUGGGAACAACAGCAACUCAGCCACCAAAUGGUAAGCCACGUAAAAUAACAGAGUUGGGUCAGCACAUGCUGAAGCGCAGUGUGCAGAAGUCGCCAACUUACUGUAGACCUCCAAACUUUGUUUCCAGUGAAGGGAACUUUUAAGGCGUCAGCAUACCAAGACAGAGCAGAGACUGUGAGCCAGGCCUUCUCAUUCGACAUCAGUGCCUGACCU